CAAAAUAAAAAAUCCCCUCAUCUCAUACGCAUACGGAACCCAAAUUACAUUUAAAUAUAGUUUUUCAAAAUCCCCUAUAAACCGCCCUUUCUAUUCCCCAUUCGAUCUCACAUCUCUCAACUCAUUCACAGCCAAAAUCAAGCCGUGAGCAAACCCUAGAAUUUAUCGAUAAAAAUGUCGGCACACGGGGGAGACGGAGGACUAACUCAUGAAGAUGAGAAGAAGCCGAUAGAUCAGGCGGCACACAUCAAUCUCAAGGUUAAGGGUCAGGAAGGGAACGAGGUGUUCUUCAGGAUCAAGCGUAGCACACAGCUGAAGAAGUUAAUGAAUGCCUACUGUGAUAGACAAUCGCUGGAUAUGAACGCUAUUGCUUUUCUAUUUGAUGGGCGGCGUCUUCGAGCUGAACAAACUCCUGAUGAGCUUGAGAUGGAGGAAGGUGAUGAAAUUGAUGCAAUGCUGCAUCAAACUGGAGGUGGGAUCUAAAUGCAAACCUUAGGUUGGAUAUGAAUUAGAAUAGAACUUGAACAGAAAUGGUUAGUGUUAGUGUUAGUAUUUUGGUAUUUUGAGUAUUUGUGAUUUUGUAUCUAGGUUUUACUGCCGGUUAUUAGUAAUACGUUGAAUAGUUUGAGUUGAUGGGAAUUAUUUUUACAUAUGUUUUAUUUAUUUUCAUAGCAGAUGUUUGUUUUUAUUUGGGUGCAUAUCGGUCAACCAUUUUAUAUUCUGUUUUGAUUGUUUUGUGGAUGGUGGUGUAGUGCUGAAACGCGGUUUCUUGAUAAGAAUGAUAUGUUUGUUACAUUUGGUCUUGGUGUCCCCCAUGCACAUAUACGAGACGAAGCUG